AUGUCCUUAGCUAGCAAAACGAAAAAUGUUCUGUUUCCUAAGAUUGCCUCUCGCUCUCUUUGUAUUUAUGACUUACCCAUCGACAUAAUCAUUCAAAUUCUUUCACUUUUAGACCCUGAUACUUUAGAUACCAUUGGGCUAAUUGAUUCCUUUUUUAACGAUUUAGUAAUUAACAACAGAAUUUGGUUCAAUAUGUUUAAGUAUAAUUUUUCAAUUAGAAAUUCUUUAUUAAACCAAAAGAUAUAUAAUAUCAGCCAAAAGAUUCCUGCAAACAAUAAAAAAAAAUUAUUAUUGCAAAAUGAACUAAAUCAAAAUUUAAUUGAUUCAAAUUAUAAAAUAUUAUUCAGGUUUCCAAGUUUAUCAAAUUCAGUUUAUUGGAAAUUUGAAUAUUUAAUUAGAAACCAAUUUAUAAAUGAAUUUUUAAAGAAAAAAAAUUUCAAGAAAAAUAAUAAAUUAUCAAAAUCUUCAAAAAAAUUCCUUUUAAACAAAUCUCCAAAUUUGUUGGUCUCAUCAUAUAAGAUUAAUAAUAAUGAUAAUAUUGAUAACAUUUAUUGUGAUUUCAAUAAUGAUAUUCUACAUCUAUUCAGUUCCAGAAGUUAUAAUUUAAAUACUUUAACAUUAAGACAAGGGAAAUCAAAUUAUUUACAAAAUUGUUUAUUAAGAAAUAUUAAUAACAAUACAAUUAACUACAACCAUAAUAAUAUUAUUAACAACAAUAUUGAUGAUAUUGACAAUGAUUUAAACGAAAACGAAAAUGAAAAUGAAAAUGAAAAUGAUAAUGAAAAUGAGAAUGAAAAUUUAAUUACUUGUUUUAAAAUGAGUAAGAAUUACUUAUUAAUUUGUAAUUAUUAUGGUAGAAUCUAUUUAAAAAAUUAUUACAAGUUGAAUGAGAGAAAUUUGAAUUUUAGUUAUAAAAAUUUUGAUUAUUUUAAACUUUGCGAGCACUUAAAUAAGAUCCCGAUAACAAGUGUUAAAAUCAAUCAAUUAUCAAAAUUCAAUUAUAAAAAAUCUAAAAAUUUAAUCAAUAAUAAUAACACUUAUAAUGAGAGUAAAUUUAUUGAUUUCAUUUCAGGUGAUUACCUUGGUAAUGUCUAUCUUUGGGGAAUAAAUGAAUUGAAGAAUAAUAGAAUUUUACUAAAAUUUAAUAUUAAUGACAAACUUGAUUUCAAUACAAUGAUUAAUGAAUAUAAUGAUAAUCAUAAAGAUAAAGAAAAACAAAAAAAGAAACAAAAAUUUUAUCCAAUUUUAAAGAUUGAAAGUAAUUUUAAAAGAUAUGUUAUAAUUGAAUCGAUUAAUCUAUGCUUAUUUUUGAUUGAAUUAAUUCCUACUAAUUAUACGGCAGAGAAUGGGAAUUUUUAUGAUUAUAGUAUUAGGAUGAUUAAUAAAGAAGAAUUAGACCUCAAGAUUAAUCCAAAUGUUAUAAAAUUAAAUUAUGAUGAUAUUAAUAAUGAUAACAAUGAUAAUAACGAUAAUAUUGAUAAUAAUUAUACAUAUUCAAGUGUAUUAAAAUUAGUAAGAGGAAAAGAGAAAAAACUUCAAACAUUUUUAAAAGUUGAUUAUAAUGCUAGAAAGAUAAUUUAUUGUUUUGAAGAUAAUAUAUUGAUUAAACAUUUUAGUAAAGAGAAAAAAUCUUAUUUUAUGGAUUGUAAAUUAAAAGAUGAUGAUUUGAGCGUAAAAGAAUAUAUAAUUCAGGUGAAGAUAAUUAAUAAUUAUGACAAUGGUUAUGAGAAUGGUAAAAUAGCAGGAGAAAAUAGUGGUUUAAUUGGGAUAUUGUUUAAUACGGGGAAGAUAUUGAUCAGUGGAAUUAACAAUGAUCACUAUAAUUAUCAUUAUAAUGAUCAGAAUAAUAAUAAUAAUAAUAAUGAUAAUAAUGAUGAAAGUGAGGAUCCAUUAAUUAUAAAAGUGUAUCCAAAUUAUUUAAAUGAUAAUUCCCGAUUUAAUAACGAUAUAAAAUUGAUUCCAAUUACUAGAAUUGAUUUCAAUAAAUUGAUUUUAGUUGCCAGUUCAUAUAAUGGGAAUUUUUUAAUAAUUAAUAUUUUAAAUGGAGAAAUUUUGAAGGAGAUUAACAAUAAAAUUGAUAGAAAACUAUUGAAUGAUAAUUUUAAUAACGAGGUUAACAAUGGGAUUAAUAAUGGUAUUGAAGAUUCAUUAAUUGCUACUACAUGUAUCAAAUUGAAUGAGUUUAAGUUUUCGAUUAAUGAGGAAGAUAAAGAAAAUGAGAAAAAAUACCUUAUUAAUGGAAUUAUCGUUUUAAAUAAUAUAGUUGAGUAUUUCCAAAUUUCGUUUAAUAACUCAUUUAACAAUUUGUCGAAUUUUAGUAAAAACAAUCUUAAUAAGAAGAAUGGGGUUGGUAAAAAAUUGAAUCAAAGAAGGAUAAACAAUUUCAAUGAGUUUGAACAAUUGGAAGAGAUGAAGGAAUACCACCAUGAUGAGAUGAAGAAACGAGAGUUGGUCAACAAAAUCUACAAGAUGAAUGGGAUAGGGCACGACGAGGAGUUGGACGAAAACGAGCAGCUCAGAUUGGCGAUAGCCAUGAGUGAAAGUCUCCAGUUGCAAGAAAAGUUGAAUGGUGGAAAUGGUGAAAGUGGUGGAUAUGGCACAGAUCAAAAACACGAUCAGAGCUCGAAGAAGUUCGAGAGAGACUACGAAGCGGAAAUGAUUGAACGGGCAAUCGCUCUUUCGAUUCUAGAGUCGAACAACCCGCGGAAUACGCACGAGAUAUACGAUCCCACGCAUUUCGAGGGGACUUCCGGCGAUCACGGCGGCUAUGACGACAUUGAUGCCGAAGACGACGAAGAACGGCAGCUCCAACGGGUGCUUGCGUUGAGCCGUCGGGAGCAGUGA